AUGCCGUUCUAUGCAACCUGGACGCAAUGGUUCCCGCCACGCCACGGCGCCCCAAUCACCGAGGCCAACCUGCCGAGCCAGAGCGGCAAAGUGUUCAUCGUAACCGGCGGCUCGUCCGGCAUCGGAUACGAGCUAGCCCGUAUCCUCUACGGUGCCGGCGGUAAAGUCUACAUCCUCACGCGCUCGAAAGAGCACGCCGACGACGCGAUCGCCCGCAUCAAGGCGUUCUACGACCGGCGCGGUCAUGCGGAGAAGCAGCGAGGCAGCUUGGCCUUCAUAUCCAUGGACCUGAGCGACCUGGCCUCCGUCAAGGCCGCCGCGCAGGAAUUCCUCAAGCUUGAGGGCCCGGACGGGCGCCUCGACGUCCUGUUCAACAACGCCGGCACGGGCGCGCGCAAGAAGGCACCGCCCACCCGCCAGGGCCACGAAUACCACUUCGGCACCAACAUCAUCGGGCCCUUCCUGCUGGCGCGGCUGCUCAGCCCGAUCCUCUCCAAAACAGCUAAGCAAUCCGCCCCCGGCAGCGUCCGCGUCGUGUGGUCCGCCUCGCUCGCCGUGGACAUGUUCUCUCCCAAGGGCGGCGUCCGCCGCGACUUCCUGCGCGAUCCGGCCGCCACCGCCACGCGCAUGCGCCCGUUCGCGAUCUACAGCGCGUCCAAGGCGGCGAAUUGGUUCGUGGCGGCUGAGUUCGCGCGGCGGCAGCCCGACGGAGACGACGAGAACGGCGACGACGGCGACGGCGGCAGCGGCGGGGGCGCGGUGCUGCACAUCGCCGGCAACCCGGGCAACUACAACACCAGCAUCUGGCGGCAUACGCCGGCGCUGGUGGUCUGGCUCCUGCGGCCCACGCUGCGCCACCCCGUGCACGGCGCCGAGACGAACCUGUUCAUGGGCUGCUCCGAUUCGGUCACGCUGGCGGAUGCGGCGGCCGGCCGGUACGCCAUCUGCGACGGGCGCUGGCACCCCGCGCCGCGCAAGGAUCUGCUGCUCGCGUUGCGGGGGGAGGAGGAGGGCGGUACCGGCCAGGCGCGCGAGUGCUUUGAGUGGUGCGAGGAGAGGGUGCGGGAGUUUCUGGAGUGA